AUGGCUAAAUUCAAGAGCUGUGACAGUCACUGCUUCUCACUCCCUCUGAGAGCCGCUCCUUGCCCCAGCCUCCCUGACGCCCACUCUGCUCCUUGUUCCCCAGAUGAGCCAGGUGCCAUGACUGUAACCUGGACCACAUGGAUCCCUACCCUCUCUGAAGUGCAGUUUGGGCUGCAGCUAUCAGGACCCCUGCCCUUCCAGGCCCGGGGUGCCUCAAGCCCCUUUGUGGAUGGGGGCAUUCUCCGUCGGAAGCUGUACAUACACCGAGUCAUGCUGCGGGGGCUGCUGCCUGGGGUCCAGUAUGUUUACCGUUGUGGCAGCGCCCGGGGCUGGAGCCGUCGGUUCCGCUUCAGGACCCUAAAGAGUGGGCCCCACUGGAGCCCCCGUCUGGCUGUGUUUGGGGACCUGGGGGCUGACAACCCAAAGGCUCUCCCCCGGCUGCGGAGGGACAUCCAGCAGGGCAUGUAUGAUGCUGUUCUCCAUGUGGGAGACUUCGCCUACAACAUGGAUGAGGACAACGCCCGCGUCGGGGACAAGUUCAUGAGGCUCAUUGAGCCCGUGGCCGCAAGCCUGCCGUACAUGACAUGUCCUGGGAACCAUGAAGAACGCUACAAUUUCUCCAACUAUAAGGCUCGCUUCAGUAUGCCAGGGAACACUGAAGGCCUUUGGUACAGCUGGGAUCUGGGCCCAGCCCACAUCAUCUCUUUCUCCACCGAAGUCUAUUUCUUUCUCCAUUAUGGCUUGCACCUGGUAGAGAGACAAUUCCGCUGGCUGGAGAGUGACCUGCAGAAAGCCAACCAGAAUCGGGCAGUCCGGCCGUGGAUCAUCACCAUGGGUCACCGACCCAUGUACUGUUCCAAUGCUGAUCUGGAUGACUGUACGUGGCACGAAAGCAAGGUUCGCAAAGGUCUCUUUGGCCGGUUGUAUGGGUUGGAGGAUCUUUUCUACAGACAUGGGGUUGACCUGCAGCUGUGGGCUCAUGAACACUCCUACGAACGGCUAUGGCCAAUUUACAACUACAAGGUGUUUAACGGCAGCCGAGCGACACCCUACACCAACCCCCGAGGCCCUGUCCAUAUCAUCACAGGAUCUGCUGGCUGUGAGGAACGGUUGACUCCCUUUGCCCUCUUCCCACGGCCCUGGAGUGCCGUGCGUGUGAAGGAGUAUGGCUACACACGACUACACAUCCUCAACGGGACCCACGUCCACAUCCAGCAGGUGUCCGAUGACCAGGAUGGCAAGAUUGUGGAUGACUUCUGGAUGGUGAGGCCCCUGACCAACCGGAUGCUGUACCUCUAG